AUUUUAUCCAUUUGAGAGUGAGAGAGAGAGAGGAAGCAUCAUCUCGUGUAUCAAUGGCGGCCGUAAGCAUCGCACUCGCUUUCUCUUUCGAUUCUCUCAAGCAAAACCAUCCCGCGAAGUUCAACCUCUCGUCUAGAUACCCUUCGCUAUACUCCUAUAGAUCUCGCCACCGCUCCAAUCUCAGAUUCGCUUCACUUCCUUCUCCGCACUCUCCUUCGAUCUCAACCGCUACAGAAACAGGAGAAGAAGAAGUAGAAGAAGAAUCCACGGGGAGAUACGACUUUCUCGAGGAAACCUUCCGCACGGGGAGGUUCUUGAGCAACGCGGAGCUCGAGAAGCUCAAAGCCCUCGAAGGGUUUGCGUAUUUCGAGGAGCUUGAGUCCGGAUCCAUGUGGGUUCGCGUAAUGAGACAAGACGAGAUGGAUUCGACGGUGAGUCUCCUCGCCGAGUCGUUCGGAGAGUCGAUGAUGUUGCCUUCCGGGUACCAGUCCGUGCUGAGGUUCUUGGUGAAACAGUAUCUGAUCGAGAGGAGAGAAGUGUUGCCGCACGCAGUGACUUUAGUUGGAUUCUUUAGGAGAAAAACGGAUUCAGAGGAGGUUGUUGAGAUGGCGGGAACUGUGGAGGUUUGUCUUGACAAACGAGGCGCUAAUGCUUCUCCUCCUUCUCCUACUCCGCCAAAGGAAUCGCCUUAUGUGUGUAACAUGACUGUUAAAGAGGAUCUUAGAAGGAGAGGGAUUGGGUGGCAUUUGUUGAAGGCGAGUGAAGAGCUGAUAUCUCAGCUUAGUCCUUCGAAAGAUGUCUACUUGCAUUGCAGGAUGGUCGAUGAGGCUCCUUUCAAUAUGUACAAGAAGGCAGGGUACGAGGUUGUUAAGACGGAUACUGUUUUGGUCCUUUUGAUGUUGCAGCGGCGUAAGCAUUUGAUGCGCAAGAAGCUUCCACCGUCCACCACCUACUCUUCAGAUGCGGUAGAUGUGGUGGAGUCUGAUAAUGAGCUGACCUCCUCUGCCACUGUGUGAACACGGGAACUACAUUGGACUUGAGUUGUUACCACCCUUCCAUCCACUGUUGAUGUUCCAUUUUCUUGCUUCAACUUGCUGUUUAUAUGAUCGUAGUAGAGCAACCUCUCAUUGUUGGAAAAAAAAAUGACGUAAUCCAUAUUACUGCUUUGAAAGAAUCUGGUGUCUCUAGAGCCUUCUGAAUGUAGGUAUCGUCCCACCCAAACCGCCCUUGGAGUUUGUGUAGAUAAUUAGUUGCAGCUCCUUAACACAGUCAGUCACAGAAGGCCUCUCGCUGCUCUCUAUACGGAUGCAACGUGAUGCCAAAUCAGCAAACAUGGCUAUAGCUUCCAUGCUGUAUGAGUUCCGAGACAGCUCUGGAUCUAUAACCUUGCGCAGUUUCUUUCUAUCAUUUAGUAUACUCCUGACCUGAAACGUAGAGAACAGUCGGCAGUUUAUUCUUUAUGUUAAUUCUUAGAAGCUAGGAGGGCCAUUUUUACCUGUAGCACCAGGUUCUGUUCGUUUGGGCCCUGAGUUAAGUCAACUGCUCUGCGUCCGGUUAGUAGUUCUAGCAGCACGACCCCAAAUGCAUAAAUGUCGCUUUGUAGUGUUUCCGUUUUGCAUAUAUUCAUAUACAAGGAACCGGUGUUUGCCAUCUGCACAGUAGCCAAUCAAAGAUACCAGAUUUGGAUGGUCGAGUCUACUCAAUAUAUCCACCUCCACACGAAAUUCUCUUUCUCCGUCAGCCUUUUUGAACGGAGGCAAAUCCAUCUUCUUGAUCGCAACAACCUUCAGAUAGCAAAAGGAUCAAAGAUAAUACAUAUGUUUCAUCUUUAACAACAUGUAACACUAUAAAGCCUGUAAAUCACAUUAAAAUGAAGCGAGUAUAGUUCAUAUCA